AUGGCAGGACAUAUGGUCCUGAAGGCGGACGAGAUAAACUGUCUUAUACACCGCUACCUGCAAGAAUCAGGUUUCAAACACGCCGCGUUCUCACUACGUGCUGAGGCUCAACUAGACGCCUUUGAUGCCUUCAACAAGAAUGUGCCAUAUGGGGAGCUUAUCUCGCUUCUCGGGAAGGCUUUGCUCUACAACGAAGCAGAGAAGCACUAUGUCGGCAAGGAUGAGAUGGUCACCAACUGCACCUCGCCAUUCUAUCUCAUGGAGGAACACAUAUGCAACGUUGACUCCAGACUCAAGCCAUCAGCUACGCUAGAAUCCGCCAUUGAAAAACGUAAGGUCGCGGAGUCCGUCGAAUACAAAGAGAUCAGUAAGGCUGCAAAGGUAGAAUGGGCGUCUCCUGCUGAUGGUGCGGUCUUGCAACCAAGGAGCGUCGUCCAAGAACUCAAAGGUGGCACGAAAAUGCGUGUAGAGCUCCCAGGAGGGCCAGUUAAAGAGCUCGAAUACGUGUCUUCCAUUGUGGGAGAACAGUACGACCUCACCCGGUUACUUGAGUGUGGUGGCUCUGAGCUCUUCUGCGUUGCCUGGAAUCCCCGCGAGCCGCAUCUUCUCGCCGCAGGCUCAAAAGAUGGCACUGUGCAUCUCAAACGAUUAUCUCAACUGCAUGGACCGACCAGUGCUACCCCUAAUAAUAUUGCUCUCAAGCUUGGCGGCGACGUUGACGGAGAUCUGACUUCUCUGGACUGGAAUUCUUUUGGGAACCUGCUUGCUAUCGGCUGUUACGACCACAAAGUACGGGUAAUCACAUCAAACGGCCAGCUGCACAUGGAAGGCGCUAUGCACAGGUCGCCGGUCUUCUCCGCGCGUUUCUCAAAAAAUGGCCACUGGCUGGUAUCCGCUGGCCUCGAUCAUGCAACCUGUGUUUGGAACAUCACAGAGAAGAAAUUGCAUAAGUACGCGAAGCACGAAGGUUGUUGCUUGGACGUUGUGUGGAUUUCCAACGAAGUCUUCGCUUUCUGCGGAUCAGAUAACAAGAUUCACGUAAUGCAUGUCGAUGACACUGAUCCCUUCGCGACGUUUAUUGGACAUACGAGCGAGGUGAACACGAUCCGAGUGGACCAUACCGCCAGUAUGCUCGCUUCGUGCUCUGAUGAUUACACUGCCUCUAUCUGGAACGUUUCCAAUCUGGGCAAGCGCAGCAAUAUGACCGUCGAGAUUACACAGCGUGUCGCGUUGGUCGGUCACGAAGAGCCAGUCAACAACAUCGGCUGGGCGGGCUCGUUGGGCACUGAGGUUGUUGCCACUUCGUCCUUCGAUUGCACAGCCCGUCUCUGGAACGCCAACACCGGCGCGUGCCUGAGAAUUUUCAGGGAUCACAUCAAACCCGUAUUCACUUUGGGCAUCAGCCCAAACAAGCGCCUGCUCGUUACUGGAGGAAGUGAUGGAUGGCUUCAUGUCUACGACAUUCGGGAAAUGCGACGCGUGUGGUCAUGGCGCCACAGCCUUCCCACCAACCGCGGUGUCUUCGAUUUGGCCUGGCAGGCAGAUCCUCAGACUGGCAGGGGUGUCAGGCUUGCCCUUGCCCUAGAGACCGGCGAAUUGUGUCUUAUCGACGUGAAGAACAUACCUGAGAUUCGGAGCCUAACAUGA